AUGUCAAAAUUGAUUAUUGCCGGCAAAGGCCAACCGCUCGCUUACGGUGCCCUUAUUGCUGCAUCUCUUGUGAACAACGCUCAUAAAGACGCUAUUGCUGUUGAAUAUGUUGACGAAAAGUCUGCUUCUAAACAAUCUAAAGAUGCCAAUGCGGUUUUGAAUGAUUCUACCAUCGGUAGCGGUGCCAUCAUUGCUGCUCUUGCCUCCAAGUACCCAGAUGUGUUUGGUACUGAUUCAACCGAAAUCACUCACUGGCUCGAAUAUGCCACCAAACUUACCACCAAGAAUUUCAAGGAAUUAUCCGAAGUGUUGAAAGUUCUCGAAUCCCACUUAAAUUUCAGAUCUUACAUUGUUGGUUACGCCACCACUGCUGCUGAUGUUGCUAUCUGGGGUAACUUGCGUGCUAACCCAAUUGUCGGAUCUAUCAUUAAGAACAAGGUUUUCAUCAAUGUGUCCCGUUGGUACGGUUUGGUGGAAAGUAACGCUACCUUUAGCGGUGCUGCUGAAUUGUUGACCAAAUCUCUUGGGGAGUUGCGUAAGAAAUCCACUGGAGGUAAGAAAGAAGGUCACAAGGCCAAUUUCGACAUUGAUUUGCCAGGUGCUGAAAUAGGUAAGGUUGUCACUCGUUUCCCACCUGAACCAUCUGGAUACUUGCACAUUGGACAUGCUAAGGCCGCUAUUUUGAACCAAUAUUUCGCCCAAGCUUAUAAAGGUAAGUUGAUCAUUAGAUUUGACGAUACCAACCCAUCGAAGGAAAAGACCGAAUUCGAACAAUCCAUCAUCGAAGAUUUGGAAUUAUUGGGGAUUAAGGGUGAUAUGCUCACUUACUCUUCCGACUACUUCCAAACCAUGUACGACUUGGCAAUUAAAAUGAUCAAGGAAGGUAAAGCUUAUUGUGACAACACUCCUCAAGAACAAAUGAGAGCCGAAAGAAUGGAUGGUAUCAAAUCUGCCAAGAGAGACGCCACUGUCGAAGAAAACUUGAGAAUUUUUGAAACCGAGAUGAAGAAUGCCACCGAAGUUGGUCAAACUUACUGUUUGCGUGCUAAGAUCUCUUUUGAUUGUCCAAACAAGGCUCUCAGAGAUCCAGUUAUUUACCGUUGUAACUUGACCCCACAUCACAGAACCGGUACCGCUUGGAAAAUGUACCCAACUUACGAUUUCUGUGUUCCAAUUGUUGAUUCCAUUGAAGGUGUCACCCACGCUUUGCGUACCAUCGAAUACCGUGACCGUAACCCACAAUACGAAUGGAUGCUCAAAGCCUUGAACUUGCGUAAGGUUCACAUUUGGGAUUUCGCUCGUGUCAACUUUGUUAGAACUUUGUUGUCCAAACGUAAGUUGCAAUGGUUUGUCGACAAAGAUUACGUCAGUGGUUGGGAUGAUCCUCGUUUCCCAACCGUCCGUGGUGUUAGAAGACGUGGUAUGACCGUUGAAGGGUUGCGUAACUUUGUUAUCUCCCAAGGUCCAUCCAAGAAUAUCAUCAACUUGGACUGGUCUUUGAUCUGGGCUGUUAACAAGAAGGUCAUUGACCCAGUGGCUCCACGUUACUCUAGUGUGGUGAAGGAAAAUGUUGUUACUUUCAACAUUGCCGAUGGUCCUGCCACUCCAGUCAUGGAAGAAAAGCCAAAGCACAAGAAGAACCCAGCUGUUGGUAAGAAGCCAGUGUACUACUACAAUAAGGUUUUGAUUGAUCAAGCCGAUGCUGAAUUGAUCAAGGAUGGCGAAGAGCUCACUUUGAUGGACUGGGGUAAUGUUAUUGUUGACAAGGUCCACAAGGAUGCCAACGGUAUCGUCACUUCUACUGAUGGUAAAUUGCACUUGGAAGGUGAUUUCCGUAAGACCGAAAAGAAGAUCACCUGGAUUGCCGAUGUUCCAGAACAAGUUAUGCCAAUUGAAAUGAUUGACUUUGACCAUAUGAUUGUCAAAGACAAAUUGGAAGAAGGUGACAACUUUGAAGAUUUCAUCACUCCAAAAUCAGAAUUCCACACCUUGGGUUAUGGUGAUGUCAACAUCAAGAGCUUGAAGGUUGGUGAUAUUAUUCAAUUUGAAAGAAAGGGUUAUUUCAGAUUGGAUAAGCAAGCCUCUGAAGGCAAGCCAGCUGUGUUCUUCACCAUCCCAGAUGGUAAGACUAUCAACAGAUACGGUAACAAGAAAUAG